AUGGAUGGCAGUCUCACUAGCAACAUUCGGCGGUGCGCUGAUGAUAAGCUCUCGGGCACUUCGCGAAGACUUCCCUUUGUAGUCGGUUUGGUUGCAGUCGCUGGUGCGACGAUAAUGUUUUGGCUUGCAAAAUCCCCCGCGAUAAUGGUCAUUGCACGCAUGAUGCAGGGAGUGGCUGGGGCUGCCGUAUGGGCUGUUGGAAAUGCUCUCGUGGUCGAUUCAAUGAAAAAAGAGCAGCUAGGAACUGCAAUGGGAUACGUUUCCAUGGCGAUGAACAUAGGAACAAUGGCUGGCCCAGCCUUGGGUGGAAUUCUGUUGGACCGAGCAGGUUAUGAUUCUGUUUUCAUGGUGGCAUUAGCCCUAAUAAGCAUUGACGUCGUACUCCGGUGUCUCAUGAUCGAACCGAAAGCGAAGCAGCAAUUGAAAGCCAUAUCACGCCCCGAGGAUGAAACUGAGCCUUUGCUAAGACGCGCAUCUCUGCCAGACUACCAGGGCUGUGAUGCAGAACAAGACCAUAACCAUGACGAGGAGCAGAGUGCAUUUCCACACAUUGUCUCUACUAGCCGUAUCCCACCAAUUGUCCGUCUGGCUAUGUCUGGACAGCUUUUGGCUUUGCUGGUUGCAAGCGUCGUGGAUGCUUCAAUUUGGACAGCUUUUGAGGCUACUGUCCCCGUGUUUGUCAUCAAGAACUUCAAGUGGGCAUCUUUCGAGAUCGGCAUGUGCUUCUUGGUAUUGACAUUGCCUAGCAUUAUAUCUCCUAUUAUCGGGUCGCUUAUUGACCGCUACGGUCCCCGUAUUGUCUCGGUCAUAUCAUUCUCGUCUCUGGUUCCGAUAUUUUUCAUGUUCCCAUUGGUGAACGACGAAUCUCUACGUUCGCGCGUCCUCUUCGUCUCGUUACUGAUGGGAGCCGGGGUUUCUUUCUCGGCAGUAAUGCUCCCGCUCAUGGUCGAGAUUAGCGAACCUAUUGAGCGUAAGGAGCGAGAGUCCCCCGGCAUCUUUGGGGCGAAAGGCGCUAAUGCACAGGCAUAUGCCCUGCAUGCCAUGGCAUGGGCCUCUGGACAGCUGCUGGGACCGAUUGUGGCAGGGGCGUUAGUUCAAACGAUUGGAUGGCGCAGUAUGAACAUUGUCCUGGCUGUGAUAAGCGGCUUGACAGCCUUGAUGCUUGCUUGUACAAGUGAGAAACUUGCGAUGGUUGGUCACAACGAGCCAGCACCGCCGUGUUCUUGA